AUGAACGGUUAUGGCUCUCCGUACCUGUACGUGGGCGGCCCGGUGGCUCAGGGGCGCGCUCCCCUGCAGAGGACCCCCAAGUGCGCGCGCUGCCGCAAUCACGGCGUGCUGUCCUGGCUCAAAGGCCACAAGCGCUACUGCCGCUUCAAGGACUGCACAUGCGAUAAGUGCAUCCUGAUCAUCGAGCGUCAGCGGGUCAUGGCGGCACAGGUGGCUCUCCGGAGACAGCAAGCUAACGAGAGUCUGGAAAACCUGAUCGCCGAACCUCAACCCGCUCCGCCACCGCCGCACAGAUCCAUGAGCACCGGAGAAUUGCGCUGGAGUACCGAGGCCGUCCUCACACCACAACCACCACCAGAGCCUAGUGAGGACCUGUCCGGCGAACAGUCCGGAGGAGAGAACAGCGGCAGCACCAGUGACCGAGAGCAAGAACCUGCUAGCUCUCCUGAGGAGCCUAAACCCAGGUCCUGCCUCACUCCUGACACCCCGGACCCCCCUUCCAAUCCUGAGGACCCUUGUUACAACCCGCCCAAACCAUGUGUUGAUCCCGAAUCCAAACCCAACAGUCCCAGAUCUCCAUCUGAACCAAAUCUACUAAUUGAGGGCCUUACAGGCUCUGUGUCCCUCCCCUUUAAUCUGCGAGCCAACCGACCUCCUUUGGAGGUACUCAAAAAGAUUUUCCCUUCCCACAAACCAGCCGUGCUGGAACUGAUCCUGAGGGGCUGCGGUGGUGACCUAGUAAGUGCCAUUGAGAUCCUUCUCUCCAGCCGCUCUUCUACAAAAGUGGGCAAGCCAUCAGCUGAAAACUCUGAUGCUUUAAUUCUGCCAUCCAGUGGGCACCUCUUUGAGCCUCUAGGUUCCUACCCAGUUGCUUCCUCCAAGUGGUCAAUGGGCUCAGCUUUCCGUGUGCCUGAUUCUCUUCGCUUCAAUCCUGAAUCUCCGGGUGGGGUAAUGCCAUCACCCCUUGGUGUUCCACUGCAGCCUAGCUUUCCACAGGCGCACCGUUACCCACUGAUGCUGCGCAACUCUCUGAGCCGUGGCCAGGCCGGGCCUUUUAUUUCCAAUGACAUGACUCUGUGGAAUACCAUGAGCCUGCAGCAGCAGUAUCAGCUCCGCUCGCAGUACGUCUCGCCUUUUUCUGGCCCCUCUUUCCGUGGAUCACCCCUCCUGACUUCCAGAGCAGCACAAGAGGAACAACAACGCAUGAACAUUCAGGAGGACACAGUCAAACACACCAUAUUCACUGCAGACGAGGAGUAUGAUGAAAGGUCUGACUCUUCGGACUCAAGGAUCCUUAAUGCAUCUUCCUAACCUAUUAAAACAGUAAAGCUGGCAAACAUACCAAAAAUGUGUUAUGAACAGAUUAAGACUUGUAAGAUAUGUAUUACUUAAGGUAUUGUGUAG